UCUCUCUCCUUCGCUCCCUCUCCCUCGUCCUCUCUUUCACUCUCUGUCUGUCCAAUGCAGGCGGCUCUAAGUUGGGAAGCUCAUUAAUUAGCGGGCCUGGGGUAGGAGGAGCCGGCUGGAAUUAGCCUGCCUAAUGCGCCUGUCAGUCCGGGCGCUGCGCCGCGCUCGGCCCGAGCUGUUUGUAAAUUACCUUAGCCGCGCCUUUAUUGCACCCGAACCUCCGGCGACUGAAAAGCCGCCGCCCCCACCCCAAACUGCGAGCCGCCCUCCCGGAGCACCCGCCUCCCGCCGGCCUGGCUGUGAUGGCAGCGCUGGCCCGGAGGUCUCGGGCUCUCCAACCCGGGAUUUUGCGCCCGAGAAGGGCGGCAAGAGCACAGCCGGGGAGUUAUGCAGCCGCCGCGCGGGCCAGUCUGUUCAUCUCUCCACACCUGAUACUGGUCUGCAAGACAGGAUUGCAAGGACAACCCUGCUCCUCCCAUCUCCCAGUCCCUCAGGAACAGCAGAAUUCAGGAUUAUUGUGAGGUUGCCAGGAAGACUCCCAUCCUAUUCUGAGCCCAGAAGCAGAGAGGAAGAACAGACAGAAGGAGGAGAGAGAUGGGCCAGUAGGAGUGGCAGGAAAUACACCUCUUCCCCAGUAGCCCAGGGGACUAUGAAGAGGAAUCCUUGUCUUCUGCCGCCGCCUCCUCCUCUUCCUCCGCCUCUACGCAUUUGUUUGUCUUGAUUCGGUGCCUUGGGCUUCCGGAGGCCAGCCUGCUGGGGACCAGGCAGGCUGGGGUGUCUUUGCAGAGGCAAGUGAGAUGGACUGAUGGCACCUGGACCCCAGACAGCUCCACCACUGCCCGGCAGUGUAUUCUUGGCUGAUGGGUUCCCAGGCAUUAGAAGCUUCUCCAGUCCUCACUACAUCUUGGUUUUACCGAAGAGGAAACUGAGGUUAAGACUGUGUCUUGCUGGUCAACUGCACAGGUGGGAUUCGAACCUGCCUCCGAUAAGGAGGCGCUCCUAAAUUUGAGCCAGGCAGCCUCCCUUGGACUGGCAAAUCGAGCCCUCACAGGGCGGGCCACCACCUUUGCGAGGAGGGGUUGGGCUGAAUCGCUAAGCAUUCUUUUUUUGUGUACCGGAAAAGCUUUGAAAUUUUUUUCAGGUAAACGAUUUUGGCCGCUCCCCGGGAAGGAUGGAAAGGACACGCAGGGUGGGGGACCUCCAGCUUGUUGAGGGAGAGCCCCCUAAGAGCGGGACAGGGAGGGCAGCUCUUCUUCGAAGCAGAGCCCAGGUUGAAGCCUUCGCACCUGGAUUUUUCGAGUUUAUCCAUCUGCUCAGUCUGUCCUGUGUAGCCCACGUCUUCAGAAGACCAGGUCUUGGGGGGCGGAGGAUAAGGCACAAGGCCCACACCAGGGUACAGGUGUGGCCAGACGCCCGACUCUUUCACCCCCUCCAGGGGCGCCUCUCUGAGGGAAGGUCCUCCUAGCGGCAGAGAAAUUGGCUGGGGGGAGUGGAGGGAGGCGGACGGGGACUGCUGGCUGGGCAAGGAAGGCUGGAAUCCAGGCUCCCCAGCCACCCCAUCCCAAGCUCCCGCUGCAAGGUCGCGGCAUGGCAGCCCCGACAGGCCACGCGUCCCUCGACACAAGUCCCAUUACAUUGUAUUUAUGUUUCACUUUGUUUUUUUUUUCCUCCUCUCUUAUUAUUGUCUCACUCUGGGGGAGGCAAAAGAUAUAAUA